AUGAUUUUACAAGACUCCAUUGACUCCUUUACGGCGUUCGUGUCCUCGCCAAAUGGCCGGGCAGCGUUGACAGCCGUCGCGGCGUCCGCAGUCACCGCCGGUACCAUCUUGGGUUACCAGGAGACACGCCGACGGGUCAGAACACGGAAGCUGAAGGAGUCGAUUCCUGAGGCUGCUCCAAUCCGUCACAAGUCUGUGCCAGAGGCAUACCCAGAAUCCCUCAUCGAAGAGCAAUUAUCCCGUAACCUCGCCUUCCUCGGCAAAGAAGGUCUCUCCAAACUUCGCGAUGCACGGAUCAUCAUCGUCGGCCUCGGCGGUGUCGGAUCAUGGGCCGCAACGAUGCUCGUCCGCUCCGGUGCCUCGCAUGUCCGUCUGAUCGAUUUCGACCAAGUCACGCUCUCCUCCCUCAACCGACACGCGACUGCAACUCUGGAGGAUGUAGGGACUCCGAAGGUCCUAGCGGUCAAGAAUUAUCUCAAGAAGAUCGCGCCGUGGGCGGAGAUUGAAGCCCUUGUUGAGAUGUUCACCGCCGAAUCCCAGUCCUCCCUCCUCUCCUUCCCUUCCUCCUCCGACGACAAGCCCACCUACGUCUUGGACUGCAUCGACAACAUCGACACCAAGAUCGCACUCAUCCACCACUGCCACUCCAAUUCCAUCCCCCUGAUCUCCUCUAUGGGUUCCGCACUCAAAUCCGAUCCCUCAAGACUCUCCGUCGCGGAUAUUUCUCAGACAUUGGAAGACCCACUCUCCCGCACCACGCGCCGCCGUCUUCGACAACUCGGCAUUACGACGGGGGUUACCGUGGUUUUCUCCACCGAGAAACCCGAUCCCAGAAAAGCCAAGCUCCUCGACCUUCCUCGCGAGGAGUACGAGAAGGGCAAGGUCGGAGAGUUGAGUGCCAUGGAGAAUUUCCGCGUGCGUAUCCUUCCAGUACUUGGUACCAUGCCAGGAAUGUUCGGGUUGGCUAUGGCGACAUGCGUUAUGACCUCUAUUGCCGGAUACCCUACCGACCCCAUCAUCGGUCGGGACCGUCUCCGAACCUACGACACCGCAAAGAACUGGCUAGCGGAACAACAUGCGCGUAUCACAAAAACCACAACGCCGCAUAUCCCCGUCUCGAACGCGGACGCGGGAUACCUCAUUGAGGAGAUCUUCCGUGGGAAAUCGAUUAUUCCGCCACACCACUCGACCCGCAUCGUCCUCUGCAGAUGGUCGAUGGAGAAUGAAGUUGGGUUACAGAACACGGUUUGUAUGGUGAAGAGUGAGGCGGAGAAGCAUGAGAAGGAGGUUCUUAAGGGUGGAAAGAGUGUGGAGGAGGUUUGGGGGAGGGAGGUGGUCGAGAGGGUUGAGAAGUGUUUUGGGGAGGAGAAGUACUACAGCCAAUGGAGAUAAACUGGGCUUGGACAUGCAGCAUGAGAAGGCAAGA